AAAAAAUACAUUGAUUUUCUCAUGAGCCUACAGUUUAAUGGAACAACCAAAAACUAUGACCUAGAGGAAUUUAACAUGUCUGUAGUUAAGAUGGAUAUGAUGAACACAAUGGGUGAUGGAUUUGUACAGAUCCGUGCUCCAAAGACACCUGAUUAUGAUCUUCCUUUGGAUGUGUUCCUACCUACUAAGCCUUUUGUUCAACAGAAGGUUGGUAUACUGACAUAUCCCUCGGUGGAUAUCUUUAUAAAUGACCCAAAGACUGUGUUGAAGUCCAAAGUUAUUCGGGUUGAAACUGUUGGACAUGAGAUCAAGAAGUUGUCUGAACGGCUUUUCAUCAAGUUUACAGUGAACGGUAGUGGAAUAAUAAUAACAGAAAACCAUACACUGCAGUGUCUUUUCUAUAACGUGGAUGCAUCAGCAGGGCUGGAGUGGGAUAACAUGGGGUCUUUCACCGACCUGGAGAAUUUUAACAGCAAUAACGCUGUAAUCUGUUCAUAUGAUCACAUGACCCCAUUUGCUGUACUUCUGGUUGACAUGAAUGUGACACAAAUUGAUUCUCAGCAGUGGAAAAUCCUGUCCACUAUUAGUUACAUAGGUUGUGGUCUUUCGUCAUUUUUCUCAGCAGUCACCAUCUUCCUCUACACUUUCAUGAAGACCUCAGACAGAGACACUUCCAUCCGUAUCCAUGUUUCUCUGAGUGUAGCCAAUUUCCUCCUCAACAUCAGCUUCUUGUUCAUUGAAUGGGCAGCCACGUGGCCUGAACUCAUUGCAUGCAUCUUUAUAGCAGUGAUAAUACAUUACAGCCUCCUGUCCUGUUUCUCCUGGAUGGCCAUUGAAGCAUUACACUUGUACUUGCUUCUAAUCAAAGUGUUGAACACCUACAUCAAGCACUACAUGAUCAAGCUGUCACUGUUUGGAUGGGGACUGCCUGCUGUCCUUGUUGGAGGAAGUCUGUCUGUUUAUGGUAUUAUACCUUUUUAUGGCACCUCAAGAAUAAAAUUAUCAAACACAAAUGCAACAGUGAAUUUCUGCUGGAUUACUGAUGAUCGCCUUCUGUAUGGCAUGAACAUCACCUACUUCUCCAUAACGUUCCUGUUCAACACGUCCAUUCUGGUGGCAGUGACGCGUCAGAUCAGUAAGCUCCGGCGCAUGAACGUCAGGGGCAGCAAUCUUCCAUCUUGUAGGGACGUUUGCACUGUCCUCGGCCUGACCUUGCUGCUGGGAGUGACAUGGAGUUUGGCUUUCUUUACAUCAGGAUACACAAACUACCCCAUUCUUUACCUCUUCUGUAUCUUCAACUCCCUGCAAGGGUUGUUUCUCUUCCUGUGGGUCUGCACUACAAUGAAGACGAACAGGCGUCUCAAGGAAAACUCUGUGUCCAAGCCAAAACGUGCUAAUGUCAAGACCUGUGAAAGCAGCUUUUCCCAGUGAUCAGAUCAUUAUGUAAUUUAGUGGUGAUAUGAUCGUAUCAAGACAAGAACAAGUCAUACAAGUGAUUUAAAACCUGAUUCGACGCCUUGCUUAUUCAUUUUUUUAUAUUCACAGUUGCCUGGGAGCCGUGGAGGUUUCUUAUUAUCGACAUUACCAAAGUAAAAUGUGAUGCACACUGUUUUGUAUAAAAUCUACUGUGUGUAGCAGGUAUAAUGAUCUAAUGCAAUUUAGACUGAUUACUUAUUAAUUCAUCACAUCUACCUACUGAUCUUUUUGGUUUACAUCGGCGAUGGCCUACAGCCAAUGAGAGAGCGAGAUACAGGGCAGCGGUGAGUUCGGGGAGGAGUUAUAGACCACAGUAUCAGCAUGCACAGCUUCGGUUGGAGCACAAUAUUAUAGUGUUUAUUAUUGUAAAUCGUGCAGUGUGAACCCGGUAUUGGUCAUUUGAAUCCUUAUUCUGUGAGCUAAUAUCAGAGCACCCCCUGCUGGCCUGACUGGACAUUAACUUCACUUUGGGAUGUGAAUGGGGACCAAUUAUUCUUUAAACAGUGAAGCAAUAUGAAUUUCCUUCAUAUUAGUAAGCAAACCUACCUUAGGAAGUCCACGAUAAAUUACAAUCUAAAUUUAAAUGUAAUUAUAAAUAAUUCAAAAUAAAAGAAAACAGAAAAAAAUAAUCAUGAGAAUUUCAGCUUAUUUUUAUAUGGGUAUGUUUUGAGUAUGUAAAUUAGGUCUGUUCUAUUUGUUCUUGUACUAAUAAUUUGUACUAAUUUAAUUUUUUAUGAAUAUAGAAUGGUGUUAGCUUUAGAUACAUUAUAAGCAGGUUUGUUCAUGAAAUGUAUGUUCAUGAAUCGUAAAAGUAUUGUUGUCGUUUUCUAUUUAUUUUGCUUUAGGAAGUGACACUUGUAAGUAAGGUAGUCAAAUUUCAUUGUACUAUUAUAUUACUUUAUUCAUGCAUUUAUAUGUGAUUUUCUGAAUAUCUUUCU